UGUCACGUCAACAUUCAUAUUGAUAUGAGUGUAACCCACACAGUCCUUGGUACAACCUGAGAAGUGUCUCGUUUCUUUUCCUUUCUCUUUCCGUCAUGCUAUAUCCAUGUUCACCGAGACUGUUGCGUUGGUCGGCAUUGGCUGGUACAUCUUCAUAGCCUGUGUCUGCGCAAUCGGUUACAUCAACCUAUUCAUACACUACCGAAAAGUCCCUGCGCGCGCCGCCGUUCUAUCAAAUAACGAAACAGGCAUCCCGCAUGUUACUGUCAUUCGACCUUGCAAGGGCCUUGAGCCGUACCUCUACGAAUGCCUCGCUUCGACCUUUCUCCAGGACUACCCUCCCGACAAGAUAACAGUGUACUUGUGCGUUUCGUCGCGCUCGGACAGCGCCUACCCGAGCCUUGAAAAAGUGGUGAACGACUACCCCGACCACGAUGCCAGGAUCUUCAUCGAAGAGGAGGACGAUGACACCGCGGGGCCUGACAGUCCCAGAGCCUACCUUGGCCCAAAUCCCAAGAUCAGGAACAUGAGCAGGGCCUAUCGUGAAGCCAAGGGCGACUUGAUCUGGAUCGUCGACUGCAAUGUCUGGGUCGGGCGUGGGAUCUGCGCUCGCAUGGUCGACCGGCUUUGCGGCUUCACUCACGCAGGGCUGCCUCCGGCGACACCGUACAAACUGGUCCACCACCUCCCCAUAUCCGUGGACGUGGACACAUACUCGCAAGGUCGACCGCGAACAGACUCCUCGUCGUACGACGAAACACCCACGACGCCCUUGCUCGCCGACACAGGCGGCCAGCCCAACGGCACGCUCAAGCACCUCAAUCGCUACGGAGGACGUCUGGAAGAACUAUUUCUCUCGUCGUCGCACGCAAAGAUGUACGUGGCAAUCAACAUGGUCGCCGUCGCACCCUGCAUCGUAGGAAAAUCAAACAUGUUCCGCCGUUCGCAUCUCGACCACCUGACCUCCGAGCGCGCAAAGGUUGAAGAUUCUCCUGGGCCUGCCGGGGGCACCACGCCGGUCCACGCCCGGACAGGGAUCGACUACUUUUCCAGCAACAUCUGCGAGGACCACCUCAUCGGCGACCUCUUGUGGAAAUCCAAACUGCCUCGCCUCCCUGGCUUCCCGAGCCGGAUGCGCAACCACGGCCUCGUCCUGGGCGAUCUGGCCAUCCAGCCCAUCGCCGGCAUGAGCGUGGCCAACUACGUGGCGCGACGUGUUCGCUGGCUCCGAGUUCGCAAGUUCACCGUCCCCGUCGCCACGCUCGUCGAGCCCGGCACCGAAAGUUUCCUGUGUUCCGCCUACGGCGCAUUCGGCGUCACGACUCUGCCGUCCACGAGGCCCUUCUUCGGGACGACGUGGACGUGGUUUGUGGUCUGGUGGUUCGUCAGUCUCACUCUCUGGGCCGCGGUCGACUGGACCAACCAUCUCCUCUUACACUCUAGACGGACCGUCGACGAUGCAGACGACGGUACGAAAGUCCCGGAAUUUGUGCGCCACCCCAAAAGUGGUGGUGGCGGUGUGCGGGGGCUGAUUCGGGCACGACGUCGUCCGUUCAAGGAGUGGCUUUGCGCAUGGCUCGGUCGUGAGGCUUUGGCACUGCCGAUCUGGAGCUGGGCGAUCUGGGGUGGUGUUAGUGUGACGUGGAGAGAUCGUCGGUUCUGGGUCGGGCUGGACAUGAAGGUUCAUGAGAUACAUGAGACUGGCAAGACAACGACGACGACAGCUACAACAGCAACAGCACCACUUGGAAUGAGCAAUGGGCAUACGAAUGGGAAUGGUUAUGCGAGUGGGAAGAAACGCACCGAGUAGAUGGAUGAUAGAGUCAGGAGUCUCGGGGUAAUCAAUCCGUAAAAGCCUGUGAAACA